GACAGUAUUAGCGAUUGCUGGUGAGGAUUAUUCGGUGAUUGCAUCAGAUACUCGUCUGAGUGAAGGCUUUGUCAUCCAUUCUAGAGAUAGUCCAAAAACAUACCAAUUGACUGGAAGCACUAUUCUUGGUAGUUGUGGAUUUCAUGGCGACGUACUCACAGUCACAAAACAUCUUGAGACACGAUUAAAGAUGUAUCAGCAUGAACACCAUAAGCAAAUGUCCACAUCUGCAAUUGCAGCGAUGUUGUCUACGAUGUUGUACUACAGAAGGUUUUUUCCUUAUUACACUUACAACAUCAUUGCUGGACUCGAUUCGGAUGGGAAGGGAUGUGUGUACAGCUUUGAUCCGGUUGGUUCCUACGAAAGAGAAUCCUACCGUGCUGGAGGGUCUGCCAGCUCCAUGCUUCAGCCUCUCCUAGACAACCAGAUCGGCUUUAAGAACAUGCAAGCAGCUGACAAGGUUGCAGUGAGCAAAGAUAAAGCUGUUGCCCUUGUUAAGGACGUGUUCAUCUCUGCUGCUGAGCGAGACAUUUACACAGGCGAUGCCAUUGUACUACAUGUUAUUACAAAGGAUGGCGUGAAAAGUGAAAAGUUUCUCCUGCGGGGAGAUUAGUGUACGAGGUUUGUGAGGUCUUUGGUUAGAGAAUUAUUUACUGUCAUGCAAUGAAGAACAAGUCUAUUAUAAAGCGGGUAGGGUCAAAAUGUUAAUACUGUGUGGUAAAAGACCAUGUUGCAAUAGAAUUGUGUGAUUUUACUUGCAUAGUCGAGGUAAUAUAUAUUAUGGUGUAUUAAUCUGCAUUUCUUGCUCCAUACAGUGAGAUAAACUGCCUUUCCCUUCCCUACUAUGUUUGUAAGCCAUACCAGCUAUAGCAACUAAAAGACAAUAAAGAUGCAUGCCCUAGUCCAUGGAUGAUAGAAGUAUGCGAGCUUUUUCAGUGCCCUGUAAAGUUUGGGUAGGUCAGAUCUGCAAUGUAAUUCCCCCCUGUAGGCGAGAUAUUUGAUGCGUAUCACGUCAUAGAUCAUGUUAGGAAACUGAUAGGGUAUUGCAGUUAGUCUUGUUCUAGCAAGCAAUGCAGCUUAAUGCUAAGAUAGUAUAUUACAUGGAGUGGAUAAAAACACAAUUUGUUUAUAUUCAAUCCUGAUAAUAUCUCAAUGUGUGUGUGUGUAAAAUUAAGCAACUGUAGUAAUGCGAUACACUGCAAGGGUUUUACUAAAUAUUGUUUUGAAAAUACUAGGCGUAUGUGUCAAAGUAUUAAGAAAUAUGAGACUCCAUGCUAAACAGCUGCAGACAGCAGGAUAAUACACAGCCAUGCCAUAGUACACUACUGAAUUGACACUCUGUAUGUGUCACAUUGUAACGUUGCACGAUUUAUGAUAGACUCGUUUUUCAUGCAAUAUAACCAGGUAAAUACGUAAAGGGUAUGAUUAAUUUCUGCCGUUAAGAUUGUUCAUGCACACAUAGCAUAUCCAGCUAUUUUUUACAUCAUUUUCUAAAAUGAUGAAUUAAAUUACAUUCUUUAACAUGUGAAUGUAUGUUACCAAAAAACAAAUUUCAAUAAAAAGGUAACCGGUGUUUUCAAAUGGUGUCAUUCAGGCAAUAUAAUCUUACAUACUCUUUCUCAAAUUCUCUGAAUCGUAUUGUGUUGUUUAUGGCACAUGUAAAUUAAAUAAUAAACUGUCUCCUGUACCAGUACUGUAA